AUGGGUCGAAGCGUUUUUUCACCGAUGAAAGAAGCAGAAGAAAUGCGUCCAGUGAUCAACCGCCAUACAUCAGCAACACCGUCAGAGGGGAUUGGCGGCGACAAUCUGGGUGGCUCCCGAGUGACUACGCCAUUCGAGGAUAUCAUCCCUCAGUCUCGUAUCAGCACCACCUUUGAAGCAAACCAACAACAACAACAGUUCGGUCAGCAACCGACUACGUAUCCUCAAACGCGAUUCGCUGACGCUCUGUUCUCACCAUCUCGAUCCAGAUCACAGUUUCGUUUCGCUCAGAAUUUCUCGAAGAUACCUAUAGGCCAGAACUAUACGUACAAUCGAUACAGUGACAAUCGCGAUCAUCAGCCAACGAAGCGUCGGUCACAUACGACCGAGCCAAGAGGCGACAAUUUGGUCCAGUCGAUCAGCAGGAAAUGGCCACCAGCGAGCAAUGCGAGCGGAGUUGAAUUCACGAAGGAUAACUGGAAUGUGGCACCAUCAACUACCACUUCAUGUAGAAGUAAGCAUGAAUUCUCAUCAGUCCAGUAA